UAAACUAUUGUUGUAUACAUAUUCACUAUUCAACGGCCACUUAAAUAGGAACUAUACUUUAGAAAGGUUCUAUUUGAAAAAAAAAAAUAAUCCAGAACUCAAAUGGAUUUCACAAAUAAAGUUGUAUUAAUUACUGGCGCAAGUUCAGGAAUCGGAGCGGCGACAGCGAUAUAUUUCUCAAAAUUAUCUGCAAAGCUAGCCUUAACCGGAAGAAAAGAAAAUAAUUUGAAAAAGAUUGCUUUGUAUUGUGAGAAGGCUAAGGGAAUAAAGCCUUUGACUAUUGUGGCAGAUUUAACAGAAGAUAUAGACGUUGAAAAACUUGUCAAAGAAACUAUAGAACACUAUGGUAGACUCGAUGUUUUAGUUAAUAAUGCUGGUGUAUUAACUACUGGAGGAAUAAAGGAUACGAAUAUGGAGAAGUAUGACAGAGUUAUGUCAACGAAUAUGCGAGCGGUUUACCAUUUAACGAUGUUGUGUGUCCCACAUCUUUCUGCAUCCAAGGGUAGCAUAAUUAACGUAUCUAGUAUCGUUUCUUCAAAGGCCAAUACCAUUUAUUUACCAUAUAAUAUUUCAAAAGCUGCAUUAGACCAUUUCACGAGAUGUGUAGCCUUGGAAUUAGCACCAGAUGGUGUUCGUGUAAACUCUGUAAAUCCUAGCUUUGUCAAGACUAACAUCCUAAAAGAUAUGGGAUUAACUGAAGAUCAAAUAGAAUUAUUAGUUCAAAAUAUUGUGAGCAGAACACCUAUGAAAAAGACAGUUGAAGCCAAUGAUGUGGCUGGUGUAAUAGCAUUUUUAGCAAGUGACCAAGCCAAGAGCAUUACGGGAUCGUGUAUGUCAGUUGACGGAGGCAGCAUAUUGUAUUAAUUAUUUUUUAAAAUAUAAAACAUACAAAU